AUGCUUGUGUUGGACGGCAAAAGUUGUGACCUAAAUAAACUCAUUCAAUCUGUGCAUGUUGCGGUGUUCAUUAUGUUGUCCUUUUCGAUUGGCAUCAUGAGUUCGUUGACAGAGGCGUUAUCAGAGGCGAUGAGUUCGAAAUCCCCAGAUGAAAUCCGCAACGUCUGUCUAAUUGCUCAUGUUGAUCAUGGUAAAACGAGCUUCGCUGAUUCUCUAGUCUCAACAAACGCUAUCAUAUCCGCUAGAAUGGCUGGAAAGCUACGAUUUUUGGACAGUCGCGAGGAUGAACAGACUCGUGGAAUCACAAUGAAAGCCAGUGGAAUUUCAUUACUAUAUGGUCCAAUGUUAGUGAAUCUCAUGGAUAGUCCCGGUCACGUUGAUUUUUCCUCAGAAGUUACUUCGGCUCUAUUACUUUCUGACAUUGCAUUACUACUAGUUGAUGUUGUUGAGGGAGUAUGCUCACAAACUCAAGCCUUACUGCGACAGUCUAUUACUCAUGGACAAACGGUCAUUUUAGUCAUUAACAAAAUGGAUAGACUAUGUGUGGAACUAAAAUUGGAAGCAUCGGAAGCGUAUACUCAUAUUGUUCGACUUCUUGAAGCUAUUAAUAGUUGUGUUAGUCAGGUGGUGCAGUGCAUGAUGCUUGAGGACGAUUCGGCGAGUAACAUUGAAGAAAUUGAGGCCGCGCUGUAUUUCAAUCCUACUCAAGGUAACGUCUUAUUUUCCUCGGCUGUGCAUGGGUAUUGCUUCGGAGUGGAAGACUUCUCCGAAAUCUACACAGAAAAAUUGAAAAUUCCGAAAGCUGAUUUGACCGCGGCAUUAUUUGGAAAUUUCUACAUUGCCGGGGGCAAGAUUAAGAACGAAGCUACAUCUCACGGCAAAAAACCGCUAUUCGUUCAACUCGUACUGGAACCUCUGUGGACACUGCACGACUGUGGGCUGAUUUCCAAUGACCUGCCGAAGUUGGUCGAGCUGACCAGUAAAUUAGGAGUCCAGAUAAAAUCACGUCGUAUCUUGGAGGCAUUUGAUGAGGCAAUGAGGGCGUGGCUUCCGCUUCCGCGCUCGUGUUUCCGAGCUUGUGCCCGGGCACCUUCGGCUCGAACUGCUUUUCGUAACAACCAUAGAAUGCAAUACCUCGUCGGGAACAGUGGCAACCACCCGCUCGGCAUCUCCAUCCAAGAAUGCUCACCUACAGGUGUUACUGUUCUGCUUGUCGUAAAGUUUAUGCGUACAGAAGGCCGAAAAUUCGCGAUUUGCCGAGUUUUUAGUGGAAAAAUUGCUGCUGGAGAUGAACUGUAUUUGCUGGGAAGAAAGGGUCUUAAAGAAGGCACAGAAAUACCAAAAAUUAUCGUGGAAAGUGUAUGGGCACUACGUGGUCGCGACCUCCUACCCCUCAAAUCGGCGACAUCAGGUGUGAUCUGUGCCAUUGAAGCGCAUGGAUUGGUUCAGAAUGCUACCUUAUGUAGUGAACAAGUUAGCGAAGGGCUGGAUGUCGGCGUAAAACGGGGAGAACCGUUGGUGAGAGUCUCGGUUAACACCGCCAAUUUGGACGACAUGGAUAGGCUUAAGGAAGACCUAAAAGUGCUUGCAGUCUUAGAUUCGAGUCUGAGGGUUCUUGAACUAGAUAACGGAGAGCUAACCAUGAUUACAGCUGGUGAGGUGCAUCUGCAGAAAUGCUUGAAAGACUUGGAGGAAUUUGGAUUUACUGAUUUGCAGGUCUCCAAGCCAGUAGUACCAUUUUUGGAGACGAUUGUUCCAGAUCCACCACUGACAGGUGCCCAAAUUCAAGAACAAUGCACGGAAUGUCAUCUCCGAGGUGACUCGUUAUAUAUUCGUCUGAGAGUUGCGCCUCUUCCGGAUGAGAUAGUUUCUCUGAUGGAGAAGUCCAGUGAAAUUCUUCAAGCCAUAAAAAGAGGAAAUGUUGAUGAUGAUUCGUUGGUAGCAUUCAGAUCGAAACUAUUGGCUGUUUGCGAGCAACAUCUACCUUCAUUUCGAGGAUCAUGGUGGUACAGGAAGAGCAAAGCGGAGAUCACCGAAAUCAUAGAAAACAUUUGGAGUUUUGGUCCUGACCGAGCUAAGGCCAACAUCUUGUUCAACGGAAUCCCGGAUUAUCAGAGGAAAUCCAUUUGGGAAACUAGAUCCGAAUCACGAUGUCGUCCGUUUGAUCAGGCUAUCAUAUCUGGUUUCGAGUUGUUUGUAACAGCUGGUCCGUUAUGUCAUGAAGUGAUGAGAGGGGUGGCCGUAAUCGUGGAAGAGUGGAAAGUGAAUGAGGAUGACGCCGCUGUAGCUGGUCAACUGAUGACAGCGAUGCGCGCCACAUGCAGGGCUGGAGCGGAAAAAUUGGCUUUGCGAUUGGUCGCUGCGAUGUACAAAUGCACUGUGACCACUGCAAGCCAAGCACUCGGGAAAGUCCAUGCUGUCCUUGCCCAGCGAAAGUCUAAGGUCCUCAACGAGGACAUAAACGAGGCAACCGGUCUCUUUGAAGUGACAGCAUUAAUGCCGGUAGUGGAAUCGUUUUCGUUUUGUGACCACCUUAGGAAGAAUACAUCUGGAAUGGCUAGUGCUCAACUAGAAUUCAGCCAUUGGCAGCUCAUAGAUGAGGACCCAUAUUGGCAACCAUCGACAUUGGAAGAAAUGGAGGAGUUUGGAGUAAAAGGAGAUUCUCCCAACCAUGCUCGUGGAUAUAUGGAUGCUGUAAGACGCAGGAAAGGAUUGUCAACAGAUGACGUCAUUGUCGUGUCCGCGGAAAAGCAGCGGAAUUUGAAGAAGAAUAAGUAG